UCAUGAGGUACGUAGCCUGUAGAGAAGCCACGCCUAACAAUGCAUCUGCAGGUAAUUUUCAAUAGAGGGGCUUGUUUUCUUUUUGGGGGCGGAGGACACAGGAGGAAGGAUGCCGGUUUAGGAUGUGGAAUUUGGCUUUACAUCUGUCAAGUAUUUUUGCUUGAAAGUUCACAAAUCUGUGGAUGCAAACCUAGCAUUAAUUACAAUCCGUAAGGAUACGUCUUUAGGAGGCAUUCUAUUGGUAGUACUUUUUAGUGUCUGUCUACUGAGGCAUUCGCAAUUGCAACACCAGGCAAAAACCCUCUACUCCUUUCUCUGUUCAAAGACUCCCAUUUUGACAGCGUGGCUGCACACAAAAAGGUUGCACAACCAAUCUAAUUAGUUUCUGAAUAUCUUGCUAUCAUUGCAUCUCAAGAAAUGACAUCUCUCUGGGGCAUUCUGUCAAACGCUUCAGGAGUAUCUGCCUAUGCUGGAGUCACGGGAGAGAUUCCCGUCGACUCAGAGAUUGCGACCAGAGUUGUCGAUUCAGGACAGGAUUGCUAUUGAGGAGAUGGGCCUCAGACAUGUGCUAUAUGUGCCCGAGUUUCGGGCAAACAUGGGUUUGCUGACUGCACUGGCGGAGAGAUGGCACUCCGAGACUUGCACGUUUCACUUGCCUAUGGGGGAGAUGACAGUGACCCUCGAGGAUGUAUAUAGGAUACUGCAUAUACCGAUCGAUGGAGAGCUGAUUCCAUAUGAUCGAGAUGGAGACGGGGAGGCACUGAGACGAGUAUUCCAGGAUCCCGGUUUGGAGAUGAGAGCAGGGCACGUGGCAUGGGAUACCAUGACCGCGACAGGUUUAGCGUUACCAGCUGUUAUUGGAGGAGCCAUCAGUGGUUUCUUGUGUCCAAACAGGCCUACACGGGGGUUGGCAGUGGGCUGGGGAGGAGCACUAGAGACACUGGUGACUGAGCACACCAGAUAUGCAUGGGGGCCAUGUGUCUUGGCGCAUCUGUACUAUGAGCUACAUCAGUUUGUUUACCAUGGAUCAGUGGGCUUGGGCUGCAGAGUGACACUGUUACAGGUAUGGGCUUAUGAGCACCUUCCGAUCACACGGCCUAUCCACUUCAGAGGCAGAGGGCAGGGACGGAGUUUUGUACACCUGUAUGAUAUGAUUACAUCACAGCCUCGGAUUGGUCGACUGGAGCAUUGGAGGCGUGUCAUAGAUGACAUUGAUAUAGUUAUCUGGAGGCUGUACCUGGGGUGCGAGGAGUGGGAGGACGAUGCCGUGGAGUUGCCCUAUACGUUCAGGAGCAGGUAUCUGAUUGGGCGUAUGCCCUACAUACUGGAGAGGCAGCUGGUUGACAGGGUUGGGAGACAGUUCGGCAGGAUCCAGAGGAUGCCGCGAAGUUUGGGCAUGUAUGCCCGUACAGUCAGGGAUCAGGCUCAGUUCAGACCACUGUUAUCAUAUGAUCAGGCUGUGACACAGAUGACAGAGAUGCUGCCACUACCUUGGGAUAUGUGGCUAGAGGUGGAGGAUGCAGGGAUGGACACAGAGUAUGCUGCGUAUUGGGGACAGGGACAGGUGCAGGCUCCCAGGCAGGGUCAGAGACAGGUACCUGUUCAGGCACCUAGACAGACAUUUGGAACAGUUAAAUUUGCAGGGUCUCGAGAUCCACCUAGAUCAAUUAUGCAUGAAUAUCUAUUGGUUAAUUGGUUGGCCAGUGGAAUUGGGGAAUAUGCAUAG